UUUUUGAAUGCCAUUUUUGACGUCUGGAGCAUAAAACCGGCUACCAAACGGCCCCUACUCCGGCAACUGUCGCGAACGUUUGCGUUCUCCGCCGACGGCCCCUACUCCGGCAACUGUCGCGAACGUUUGCGUUCUCCGCCGCCGACGCUUUACCUCCUUGAAAACAGGGGCGCAUCUUCUUUUGUCCCCUGUCAAUCAGCGGCGAUGGAUCUCUCAGAGAAGUCUCUCAAUCCCAAUAAACGACUUAAAGAGGAUUUCGUGAGCAACCUAACUGGGUCCUCUAUGCUGGAGAUCGCCACUCUUUUAUUGAUUGUACCGACAUUGGUGCUUCUCCGGAAAUGGAUUAGCUUCGGCUCUGUAAGAGGCCUUGCUAGUACCAGCACCAACAUUUUUUCUGGUCAGAUGAAUGAUAGAGAAACUUCGAAAUGUAAGGAUUUGUGGAAUUCUAUAGUUGGGUUGACAAAGGAUUUUGCCAUUGUUAUUCUGCCGGUCAUUUUGGUUUUUACCCAGGUCCUUGCUGAAUGGAUUUAUAUUUUGGCAAUUAUCUUGAUAAUUGUGCUGCUUAUCUGCAUUUUAUCUAAAAGGCCAAGCCGUCCUACCCUCAAAAGUGAAAUUGGACAACAGAAUUUAUCAUCUUCCAGGAUGAGUAUUUUAUCAUACCGUGUUUUCAUGGUGGUAAUAACAUGCAUAUGCAUUCUGGCAGUAGACUUUAAAAUUUUUCCUAGGCGCUAUGCCAAGACUGAAACAUAUGGCACUAGUUUGAUGGAUCUUGGUGUUGGAUCGUUUGUGGUGGCCAAUUCUUUAGUAUCAAAACAAGCUAGAGGUAUCAUGUUUGUCUGUUGUCAGUCACCUCGCAAGCCAUCAGGCGCCCUUUGUCGGCCCACAGGUAGCUGGCGCCGUCGCCGCUACCACUAUCGCUACCACCACUGCUGUCAUCGCCGCCGCCAUCUCUACCAUCACCGUCACCGAAAUUGGAAGGUAGCUCUUCAGUCUGUAAGUCCGCUAGUAUUGCUUGGUGCAGGUCGUCUUAUUUUCACAGCAGGUGUAGAAUAUCAGGUCCAUGUGGGAGAAUAUGGUGUUCAUUGGAAUUUCUUUUUCACACUAGCAGCUGUAUCUCUAUUAACUUCCAUAAUUCACAUCCAUCCAAAAUAUUGUGGAAUAUUUGGCAUGGUUAUUCUCAUAGCUUAUCAAAUGAGCCUGAAAUAUGGGUUGAGUAAUUUUUUGCUGUCCAGCCAAAGGGCUUCAGAUAUCAUUAGCCAAAAUAAAGAAGGCUUUUUCAGUAUAUUUGGAUAUUGGGGUAUGUAUCUAAUUGGUGUACAUUUGGGCUAUAGCAUUUUCUUUGUGAAUGGAGCAUCAAUUAAUACUGGAAGCAAUCAGCUUACGCGGAAAAGUGUUUUUAUUCUUUGCAUUUUUUUUUGGUCAUUGACUUUAAUUCUGGACAGAUAUGUGGAAAGAGUUUCUCGGCGAAUGUGCAACUUGGCAUAUGUCACACUUGUUCUUGCCCAGAAUUUCCAGGUCUUGUCUGUGUUUAUGCUUUCAGAGUAUAUUUCUGUGCAAAGGCCUUUGUUGGUUGAAGAAGUUUUUAACCAGAAUCUCCUUGGAUCUUUCCUUCUGGCAAAUGUGCUUACUGGCUUGGUGAACUUAAGCAUAGAUACACUUUCUGCUUCUUCUUUUGCAGCAGUUAGUAUACUGAUUGGAUAUAUGCUGUUCUUGACCGCUGCAGUCAGUUUUGCUUGGUUUCACAACCUCAAGUUUAAGUUUUGGUGAAUUGGAUUGCUGAGUUUGUAGAUUACAUACUUUUUACUCUUUUUAUCAUUUAAUUUUGCAGAAACUGUAUAAUGUUGAUAUAUCAUGCUAAAUAAAAAAAGAAGAUUUACAUGCA